ACUGUGCCAACAACAACAGCACCAUCAUCUACAGUGCCAACAACACAGCACAAACCUGCAUCAAUAUCUACUCUGCCAACAACAACAGCAGAACAAACAUCUACUUUGCCAACAACAACAGCUGCACCAACAUCUACUCUGACAUCAACAACAGCAGCACAAACAUCAACUGAAACAACAGUACCAACAUCAACUGUGCCAACAACAACAGCACCAACAUCUACUGUGUCAACAACAACAGCUGCACCAACCUCUACUCUGACAUCUACAACAACAACAUCAACACCACCAACAACUUCUGAGUCCACAACAACAACAGCACAAACAUCUUCUUUGCCAACAACAACAACAUCUAAUGUGCCAACAACAACAGCAACAACCUCUACUGUGCCAACAACAACAGCAGGACCAACAUCUACUGUGUCAACAACAACAGCACCAACAUCUACUGUGUCAACAACAACAGCUGCACCAACCUCUACUCUGACAUCUACAACAACAGCAACAACCUCUACUGUGCCAACAACAACAGCAGGACCAACAUCUACUGUGCCAACAACAACAACAACAACAUCUAAUGUGCCAACAACAACAGCAACAACCUCUACUGUGCCAACA